AAACCACAAGGGCCGUCGUGUGCUAUUUCUGAGAAGGCUCUUGUUCCCUCCCUUCCUCUUCAACUUCCCAGGGGUGGAGAACCUUUUGGGGGACCGGAGACCUCCUUGCGUCAAUCCCUUGCUUCCACGAUAAGGCAAAAGUAGAACAGGUCCACUGUGGAAGGGUUAGUUUGCUGGGCGAAAGCGACCAAGCUGCAGAGUCACAUGAUGGAUUCCUCAGUCCUGAUCUUUAUUGUUUGCGUGGUGUUAUCCCUCCACUGCUGCUGCCUCCAGGCUCUCCAGUGCCCCCCUGUGGCCACCCCAAGCAACAUCACCGAGUUUUCCUGCACCUCCCCGUUCCUUAGCCAUUUCCCAGCUGGCUUCCCUGAGCAGACGACCCUGAUCUCCGUCGAGUUCACGAACAUCUCCAGCAUCGGCGAGGAUGCACUGCUGGGGUUGCCCAAGCUUCAGGAGCUUCACCUUUCCAACAACAGGCUGAAAGGCCUUCCCAGCGGCAUAUUCUGUGACCUCCCGGAGCUGCACACCUUGGACCUCACAAGCAACCUCCUGGAAGAUCUGCCUCCGUCUAUAUUUGAGAAUUCCAGCUCGUUGAACCACCUGUUUCUCAAGAUGAACCAGUUGGCCAACUUGCGGCCACAGUGGUUCCAGCCGUUAAGGCGGCUUGAGACCCUGGAUCUCUCCAACAACCAGCUGAAGGACGUUCCCCCCUCCUGCUUCAGCAAACUGGAGAAUUUGACAGCUCUGGACCUCUCCUUCAACUUCCUCCGCCAGCUUUCUCCGCAAAUCCUGGAAGGGAUGCCUCUCCUGGAGAGGUUGGACCUAGGAGCCAACCAACUCCACUCCAUCGCAGACAAGACCUUCCAGGAAGUCCCACGCCUGGGUUUCCUCUUCCUCCUAAACAACAGCUUAACCCAUCUCCCACCAGGAAUCUUCGAGCCUUUGAGGAAUCUGGAUACCCUGUUCAUCUCUGACAACCAGAUCGCUUCCUGGGACCCUCGGUUCUCAGGCCAGCUCACAAAGCUCAGCCUUGACCUCGCCAGAAACCCAUGGGCGUGUGAUUGCCUCAUGCGCGCCUUCGUGAACUGGGUGGUGCGUCAUUCUGCCGUCCUGUACUCCAGGGAAGAAGUGGUUUGUGCCUCCCCCAAGAGCCUCGAAGGCCGGGUGGUGAUGUCUCUCGGCGAGGCCGAAUUUGGUGUCUGCUGAAUCCUUACUACAUAGCCAGGGGUUUGCAAGAGCCAGGCCCUGUCCCAAAGGAGGAGGUCAGGAUGAAUCUCCAAAAUCAUGUAUUAGACUAUUUGUCCCAGGAUUCAGCUAUCUGCUCAGGCAGUGAGAAGGGUCUAUUCCCCCGCCACCAACUGUGCUACCUGAUCUUUUUAAACUGAGAGAUGCUAGAAAUCGAACUCAAGACCUUGCACAGGCAACGCUGGGGUUCUGCCGCAGAGCUACCCUAUGGUUCCUCUCCCCAAAUUGCUGCCAUGCCCUCAUCCGCAAUCUGCAUUUAAAACAGUACAGUCAAACCUCGGCUCCCGGAUGCCUCUGUUUUGGAACGUUUCGGCUCCCCAAUGCCAAAAACCCGGAAGUAAAUGCUCUGGUUUCCAAAUGUUUUUCAGAAGCCGGACGUCCGACUCAGCUUCCGCUUGAGUACAGGAAGCUCCUGCAACCAGUCGGAAGCUGCGCCUCGCUUGUCGAACAUUUCAGACGCUGAAUGGGCUUCUGGAACGGAUUACGUUCGACAACCAAGGUUUGACUGUAUCCAUACAGUCAUGGCUUCCUCCGAAGGCUCUUGGGAACUGUAGUUUGUUACAGGUGCAUAAGAGCUGCUGGGAAGUGCCUACUUGUCUCCCCAAGCUGCAGGGCCUCGAGUGGUUUAACUAUCAAUCCCCCUUCUAAGGGAACUCCAGGAAUCAUUGAGCUCUCUGAGGGAAAUGGAGGGGGGGUCACCCGGACAACUCUCUGAACCUUUAGCAAACUACAGUAUCCUUUGAGGGAAGCUAGGGCCAUUUAAAGUGGUAUGAUACAGACAGUGGUACCUUGGUUCUCAAACUUAAUCCAUUCCGGACGUCUGUUCCAAAACCAAAGCUUUCCAAAAAAAACCAAGGUGCACUUUCCCAUAGAAAGUAAUGCAAAAUGAAUUAAUCCGUUCCAGACUUUUAAAAACGACCCCUAAAACAGCAACUGAACAUGAAUUUUACUAUCUAGCGAGGCCACCGAUCCAUAAAAUGAAAGCAAUAAACAAUGUACUGCAGUCACACAAUCAAUCAAUCAAUCAAUCAGUAGCUGAACUGGGUUCCACACAGUCACAAAAACGAAACGAAAAAGAGCUGCGAAAACAAAAACGGCAAAAUAAAUUGCAAAAAACAGACAGACCUCAGCGUAAUACUCAAAACGGACGUGUGGCACUCAAAUGGGAAGUGUAACACUCAAAACGGAGCACGUUCGGCUUCCGAAAAAUGUUCGCAAACCGGAACACUUACUUCCGGGUUUGCAGUAUUUGGGUUCCAAGUUGUUUGAGUACCAAGGCGUUUGAGAACCAAGGUACCACUGUACUGCUCUCAAUGGAGACUUAAAGUGCAGAAGGAGUGUGACUUGGAGAAGCUCAGAACUCUCCCAGUGACACCCACCCUCCCCUCCUCAAAAGCCCUCAAAGCUUGUCUACAGGGGCAAUGCUCCCAUGCACAGAGUGUGCCACAGGUGGGGGAAAGUUCCAUGCUCCUCACUCGCCAACCCCUCUUGCAGUUAAAAGCAGAUCCCUCCUUCCACCUCCCAGGGGCAGUUUUAAGUCAGCGCAACUGGGUGCCAGCACCCCAAGGGCAGUGCCGGAUUUACGUGUAAGCUAAACAAGCUGUAAAAAAAACUUAAAGGGAAAAAACUGGAUGUACGUUUCCAAAAUAUAAGAUAAAAAACAAAUAAAAUAAAACCUCCAUCCAGCAACUCCUGCCAACCUAGCAGUUCGAAAGCACGUCAAAAUGCAAGUAGAUAAAUAGGAACCGCUACAGCGGGAAGGUAAACGGCGUUUCCAUGUGCUGCUCUGGUUCGCCAGAAGCGGCUUUGUCAUGCUGGCCACAUGACCUGGAAGCUGUACGCCGGCUCCCUCGGCCAAUAAUGCGAGAUGAGCGCGCAACCCCAGAGUCGGUCACGACUGGACCUAAUGGUCAGGGGUCCCCUUUACCUUUACAUCCAGCAACAGUGUUUUGUGUUGUGUAGGCUCCUAGGAUGUAAGUCAGGCAUCCCCCCCAAACUUCGGCCCUCCAGAUGUUUUGGACUCCAAUUCCCAUCAUCCCUGACCACUGGUCCUGUUAGCUAGGGAUCAUGGGAGUUGUAGGCCAAAACAUCUGGAGGGCCACAGUUUAGGGAUGCCUGAUGUAAGUAACGGACCCCGUCUGCUAGCCUGCUCCCUAAAACAUCACUGGUUUGCUCACUUCUAUAUAAUACAGUGUCUACAUUCUACGUCGACUGGUCACAUGGCAACAUGUGCAAAUGGCUUGAGAUACCUAUUAGGUCCAUCAAUUACCAUCUAGCAUAGAUUCAACACAAAAAACAGCGGCCAUUUGUUGUCAACGAAGGACAGCUGGACAUAUAAAGGGUCCCAUUACCUUCAGUAGCUGAGGGCCUCAUCAAACCUAAAUCCGGCCCUGCCCAGGUGGCACCGUAACGAUGAUGUGUAACGGAGUGCGAGAGGCAGGGGGCGCUAUGUUAUUAGCGCCACGCAGGACGCCCCCAAAAUCUGACAGCUCCAAAUCUGCCGUUGCACCUCCCUCUCUCUACCACAGUUUAAGGCAGCACCAUGUUUGAAAAUUAGAGAGCAUUCACACAAUUAGCCAUUGCAUGGCCUUCCCAAAUACAUGCAGCCAGCUUUCCGACAUCCUGCUGGCACUCGGCAGCUGAGUUUGCAAUUAGAGGGAGCAAGAGUAAUGGUAUAUUUAUUUGCCUCCUCAGUUAGUGUGGUUCCCCCCCUCCCUCAUUCUCCUUUUCUUUUCCUCUCCUUGGCCCUCUCCCCAUUAAAAAAAGAAAAAGAAAGAAAUGCUGUUAAUUGGGAACAAAACGCACCAUCUUAUCCACGAAUCUCUCUCGCCCGGAAAUUUAUUGUGAAGCUGCGCUCCCGUGGAAGUUUUAAAUUAAACCCAAUUGCUUAAGAUGCUGGGCAAUUUGCUGUGAUUUAGCUGUGCAAUAAAACCAGAGCGUCAAAGUGUAUUCGCCAACCCAAAGGAGGCUGAGUGCUUUGUCCUGUGUCGGUCUGGUCUUUCGUCCCCCCCCCUUUCUUUCCUUAAAUAAGAAUAAACAGAACUGUUUGUGCACACAGGAAAGAAUAAAAUUAAGAAUCAGACUUGGGCGAAGAAUCCUCUUCAGCCCGAGGGCCGCAUUCGCUUGCAAUGAACCUUCUGGGGGCCGAAUGCAAGUGUCAGGGUGGGGCCAAGGGCAAAAUGGGGUGGAAUUCUUAUGCUUAUGUGCACAUUUGUGCCUCGAAACACUGCAAGGUCGUUUCAAGCUGCCUUUUUAGGUGGAGAGUGUGGGAUGUGAUACAUAAGUAGCAGUCAAAUACAACAUUCCUUGUUUUCCUAGAGUGGACAUGCGGAGGAAUGUUUGGUCCAGCCAGUCGAGAACUUCCUGUUUCCUCCUAGCUGGGACCUACUUCCUUUUGCAUGUGACUUGAGGCUUACUUUUGAGUAAACUUGGAUAGUGUCGCACUGUGCGUUAGCAAUAAUUUUGAGGACCGCUCCCCCCCCAAAGAACCAGUCUUGCCUAUCAGAUAUUAAUAUUAAAGAUAUUGGGCUGUAGCCAAAUAAAUCCUACUCAGAGCAAUUAAUGAAGUUAAUGGAUCUUAGUUAAUUGUGUCCUUUAUGGCUCUGCCCCUAGGAGGACUAACAUUGGGUAUGAGCCAUGCAGACAAAUUCUUUUCUAUUAUAAAGUUGCAAUAGUGUACAUUGUUGGAAAAUUGAGAUUAAUUUUGAAAUAAUGUAGGGAAAUGGAUUUAGUGCGCUUUAAUGAUUUUGAGCAAUGUUUGCAUCAGCGUCUUUUGUAGAGUAAAACAAAAUGGAAGCUAUUUUGAGCAUUACCCGGUAUUAAAGGGAAAACAGGUCCAGUUCGUUGCUGUGUUGUUGUUUAUAAAGUACUAUUUUAUUGAUUUACAAAGCAGCAUCCUAUAUGGGUCUGUUUGGAAACUGAGCCCUAUAAAUUCAAUGGGGAUUGCUCCCAGAGAAGUGGGCACAAGGGUAAGGAAUUUGGGGCAUACCCAGCUAAGUCCUACUCUGAGUAAACCUAUUGGAAUGGAUAGAUCAAUGCGAGCCAGGCCAUAGCUGCCAAGUCUCCCGUUUUCCCCGGGAA